UCGCUCUGCUGCCAAGGGAGAGCAAGGAUGCGCCUUGCGAAGGGUUGACCUAGUAGUCAGUCGAGACAGGACGCCGAGGAGAGCGGACGUGCCUCCUUCUCUCUCUCGCUUUUCUCUCGCUUCCGUCGCCGCUCGCUGAGAUGCCAGGGGCGGUGCUGCUGGUAGUGGCCACCGGGGCCGCCCUCAUCGUGGCCUUCCUGCUCCUCCUCUGCAUCGUGGCGCCGCUCAGCACCCCCAAGCCCCUCGCCUUGUCCGGCGCCCACGUCGUGGUAACCGGAGGCUCCAGUGGCAUUGGAAAAAGCAUUGCUAUUGAAUGUUUUAAACAAGGUGCUUUUAUAACAUUAAUUGCAAGAAAUGAGAAUCGACUAUCAGAGGCAAAGAGAGAAAUUGAGAAGUUCUCAGUUAAUGAUAAACAGGUUGUGCACUUUAUUUCUGUUGAUAUUUCCAAAGACUCUGCGCAUGUGGCAAAAAUUCUAAAGCAAGCUCAAGAGAAGUUGGGUCCAGUUGACAUGCUUGUAAACUGUGCUGGAACAUCAGUUAAUGGAAAAUUUGAAGAUCUUGAUGCCAGUAGGUUUGAGCAAUUGAUGGCUGUCAACUAUCUGGGCAGUGUUUAUCCAACUCAUGCAGUAAUCACCACCAUGAAGGAACGAAGGAUGGGAAGGGUUGUGUUUGUGUCAUCCCAAGCUGGUCAAGUUGGGUUGUUUGGCUACUCAGCAUAUUCUGCAACAAAGUUUGCUCUUCGAGGAUUAGCUGAAGCUUUGCAAAUGGAGGUAAAGCCCUAUAAUAUCUACAUAACAGUUGCCUAUCCUCCAGAUACAGACACACCUGGCUAUGCAGAAGAAAGUCAGACCAAGCUUUUAGAGACGAAGCUUAUUUCAGAAGCAUCAUCUAUCUGCCAACCUGAUCACGUUGCCAGAAUUAUUGUUAAAGAUGCCAUUCAAGGAAAAUUUUUCAGCUCUGUUGGUGCAGAUGGUCACAUGUUGGCAGUACUGACCGGUGGAAUGUCACCUGUCUCUUCUAUUGGUGAAGCUCUAGAGGCGGUUAUUUUUAUGGGAUUUUUUCGCUUCAUUGGUUUAUAUUUUAUUGCAAGUUUUGAUAGCAUAGUUCGCCGUUGCAUGCUACAAAAAGAAAAAUCUGAAAAGACGGACUGAAGCAGAAUGACUGUGAAGUGAAUUCUUUUUAUAAAGGUUGACAGUUUGCUGCUAAAUGGAACUGUAUCUGUGGCCUGAAUAUGCCUCAUUUAAAUAUACUCUGGAUGGAAGAAGUGGUGAUCUUCAGUGGUGAAAGAAGGAAACAAAUGAAAAAUUUACUAAAAAGACUUUGUGAAAGGGCUAAUGAAGAAGACUGCAUUUUUCUUUUCUUUUCUGUGAUUUGAAGUAAAACACAGAUUAUUGCCUUUUUGUAAAAGCAGAGCUUCAGAGUGGCCUAUUCAAUGGCAAUUAUGGAACAAUACUAAUAGUAGUGAAAGGUUUGAUUCAGUGAUCCACUUCUUAAUCUGGGACUGUUUCAAACAUACAUUGUUUUUACUUGGUACAGUUCUCCUGCAUUCAUACAUGAACCAAGCGUUCUGUAUGAUGUACUUAUAUGGUUGGCCACUUAUGUGUGAAGACAUUCAAAUAGAUGAGGCAAAUCUAGUCACAACAGCAAAACUAGCCAAAAAUAAAGUGCUUCCCCUCUGGGAUAAUGCACAUAAUUGAGCCAAAGUCUGGUUUGUGAGUUGGGAAAUUUGAAUACAAGUAUGUGGUUUGAUGCUAGAGUACAUGGAGAAUGAGUAGGCCCCUUCUUGAAAAAUGAUGUGAUAGUGCUGUAUGAGAGAACAGAAUCAAGCUGGAGAAUGAACAUUUUAAUUUGUUCAUAAAAAAUUCCCGUGGAGAUAAAUUUUGAGUUCUUACCAGCAUUUUCAGAAUUUAGACUGUUUUGAUUAAUGUUCCCACUCCUGAAACUUUCAUAGUAAGUUUUAUGAAGUAUUUCCCAUAUUCUAUUAAGCACUAUAUUAUAUAUGAAAUCUCAGUAGUAGAACUGUUGCUAUAUGGUCCCAAUUUCUUGGUAUGGAGGCAAUGAAGUAUGCUUUUAACAGUUUUAGAUCUUAAGGAAAGAUGGAUGACCCAGUCUUUGCUGAGAUCUUGUUCCCCCAUUUCACCAAGAAUUCCCCCACUAAAUAAAAAAAGAAAUCUAAGUGGCAAUUGCUUGGUUCACUUGCUUGCUGUUUGUAGUUUGAAUUCAUGUUUAACUCUGCCAGUUCAGUAAGAGAAAGAGAUUGUUUUAAUGAGCAGAGAUUGAAGUAAAGAAAUGAGGUGCCAGCUAGAAUUAAAUGUAACACAAGGAAGUGCUUAGAUUUCCUUUCUGGUAGUAGCAGCUUGCAAGCCUGUCAAUAUUGUGUCAAGGUUUUAAUCCAAGAUGUCUGUUUCAUUAACUAGGUAGAAUUUGGUUUUGCAAAGUACCCCUCAGUGGUCUUUGGGGAAUUGUAUUGCCAAGUUCUUGUUGGUUACAGAUGCCAUGGAGACCCAGUAUUCAGUUGGCAGUUUGGAAAUCAUUUCUGCUAUACCAUAUUAUCAAAGUGCCUAGGAUAUCUCUCUUACAAGAGCCUCAGCAACCAGUGUGUUUUCUGCCAGAACCAGAGGUCUUCCACUACCAGAAAUAAAGGGGUAUGUGGAGAUUUGGGAGAAGAGGAAAUUUUUGUAGGGCCCAAAAUGAGACAACUGCUUCUAAUUCAACUCUACCACUGAGUCUUCCAGAUCUAAACAGGUUUAUCCGUUCUUAAAACUGAUGCAGUCGCAUCACCAACUGCUUAAGUACUGAAUGGCUAUGUUUACUUUUUUUGUUCUUUCACACAAACUUAAGUGUUGGCUCUUCAAAUGUUGAAUGUGGUAGUUUUGUCUAAAUGUCAGCAUUUGGGCCAUCUGAUAUUUUGAGGUGCUGAAAAAUUUGCUGCUUAGAAGAGAGAGAGAUGAAGAAAUAAUGGGUCCAUGAUGAGUAGUGCUGGUGUGUCAGAAGGACCAAAAUCUUGAACUUGCACGUUCCAUUUUAAUUCCAGUUAUCAGCUGUGAUUCAGUAAUUUGGUAUGCAGUGGAAUUUUACACAGAAUCAGCUUUGUGUAUUUUCAUUGGACUGUUUUAAACGGAACAUUUGAACUAGAACUUAUUUUCCUUAUUGGCCAUGUCGAAUUUCUACCACUAGAGUUAGUGAAUGUGUACCAAGACUAUUCAAGUGCUGCAGAACAUCAUUCAAGCUGCUUAACCAUAUGUUCAGUUCAGACCUCAAAUUCUAGGUUCUGUGGAGCAGUUCACAAAUGCCAAAUAACCAAGUAGUUUAAAGAAAAAUUAAUCACUUAUACAUUCAUUUAAAGAACAUGUUUAACUCUCCCAAUGUGCUCAGAUUUUGCUCUCUUGGUCUCUUCACAGUUGGACAAAAAUGUCUUGUCAUAUUUCCAGGUUUGCUUUUUAACUCUAAAUAUUAAACAUUCUUAUGUUACUUAGCAUUAGGGCUUAUGUUCAGCUCAACUGGGUUUAAUAGUAACUGAAGAAAAAGGAAGGAAAUGGAUAACUCGCCUGCAAAUUGUAUACUGUGAAAUAUGUUAUGCACUUUUAAUGUUAAUAGUGAAUAUGGCAAAAUCUCAUAGCUCGCUUAUGCUUGUUGCUUUACAAAGUGUUGUGCCAGAAUUAUAAAUUUUAAUAUUUUGUAAUUUCAUCAAAUAAAAUAAAAGUUUAUGUUUCA